GCGCUCGUGCGGGCCAGUCCAUUGAGCCCGGCUGGGCAGCAGGGCGCGGAGCCGCGAGCCGGGAUGGAGACGGAGGGUAGUAGCGUGCCGGCCCGGGCGGGCAGCGGCGACGGCAGCGACGGCGCCCGCGGGGCCACGCUCAAAGCCCCCAAGCACCUCUGGAGGCAUGAGCAGCACCACCAGUACCCGCUCCGGCAGCCCCAGUUCCGCCUCCUGCACCCCCAUCAUCACCUGCCGCCACCGCCACCACCGCCCUCACCCCAGCCCCAGCCCCAGUGCCCACUGCAGCCGCCGCCGCCGCCCCCCCUGCCGCCGCCCACGGCGCCUGGGGCGGCUCGUGGCCGCUACGCCUCGAGCGGGGCCACCGGCCGCGUCCGGCACCGCGGCUACUCAGACACCGAGCGCUACCUGUACUGCGGCGCCAUGGACCGCACCUCCUACGCGGUGGAAACUGGCCACCGGCCCGGCCUGAAGAAAUCCAGGAUGUCCUGGCCCUCGUCGUUCCAGGGACUCAGGCGUUUUGACGUGGACAAUGGCACAUCUGCGGGACGGAGUCCCUUGGACCCCAUGACGAGCCCAGGAUCUGGGUUAAUUCUCCAAGCAAACUUUGUCCACAGUCAACGUCGGGAGUCGUUCCUGUAUCGAUCCGACAGCGAUUAUGACCUCUCUCCAAAGUCUAUGUCCCGGAACUCCUCCAUCGCCAGCGACAUACACGGGGAUGACUUGAUUGUGACUCCAUUUGCUCAGGUCUUGGCCAGCCUGCGAACUGUACGAAACAACUGCGCGUUAACUAAUUUGCAAGACCGAGCACCUAGCAAAAGAUCACCCAUGUGCAAUCAGCCUUCCAUCAACAAAGCCACCAUCACAGAGGAGGCCUACCAGAAACUGGCCAGCGAGACCCUGGAGGAGCUGGACUGGUGUCUGGACCAGCUAGAGACCCUGCAGACCAGGCACUCCGUCAGUGAGAUGGCCUCCAACAAGUUUAAAAGGAUGCUCAAUCGGGAGCUCACCCAUCUCUCUGAAAUGAGUCGGUCUGGAAACCAGGUGUCUGAGUACAUAUCCAACACGUUCUUAGACAAGCAACAUGAAGUGGAAAUUCCUUCUCCAACUCAGAAGGAAAAAGAGAAAAAGAAAAGGCCAAUGUCUCAGAUCAGUGGGGUCAAAAAGCUGAUGCACAGCUCCAGCCUGACGAAUUCAAGCAUCCCAAGGUUUGGGGUUAAAACCGAGCAAGAAGACGUCCUUGCCAAGGAGCUAGAAGAUGUGAACAAAUGGGGCCUUCAUGUGUUCAGAAUCGCGGAGCUGUCUGGCAACCGGCCUCUGACUGUUAUCAUGCACACCAUCUUCCAGGAACGGGAUUUAUUAAAAACCUUUAAAAUUCCAGUGGACACUUUAAUCACAUACCUUAUGACCCUGGAAGACCAUUACCACGCCGACGUGGCCUACCACAACAACAUCCACGCCGCAGACGUCGUCCAGUCGACGCACGUGCUGUUGUCCACGCCGGCUUUGGAGGCUGUGUUUACAGAUUUGGAGAUUCUUGCAGCAAUCUUUGCCAGUGCAAUACAUGAUGUAGAUCAUCCUGGUGUGUCAAAUCAGUUUCUGAUCAAUACAAAUUCUGAACUUGCCUUGAUGUACAAUGAUUCUUCAGUCUUGGAGAACCAUCACUUGGCCGUGGGCUUUAAGUUGCUUCAAGAAGAAAACUGUGACAUCUUCCAGAAUUUGACCAAAAAGCAAAGACAGUCAUUAAGGAAAAUGGUCAUUGACAUCGUACUUGCAACAGACAUGUCAAAACACAUGAACCUACUGGCUGAUUUGAAAACGAUGGUUGAAACUAAGAAGGUGACAAGUUCCGGAGUGCUGCUGCUUGAUAAUUAUUCUGAUCGGAUUCAGGUCCUCCAGAACAUGGUGCACUGCGCGGACCUGAGCAACCCCACGAAGCCCCUCCAGCUGUACCGCCAGUGGACGGACCGCAUCAUGGAGGAGUUCUUCCGCCAGGGGGACCGAGAGAGGGAGCGGGGCAUGGAGAUAAGUCCCAUGUGUGACAAGCACAACGCAUCUGUGGAAAAAUCACAGGUGGGCUUCAUAGACUAUAUCGUUCAUCCUCUCUGGGAGACAUGGGCGGACCUUGUACACCCUGAUGCCCAGGACAUUUUGGACACUUUGGAGGACAAUCGUGAAUGGUACCAGAGCACAAUUCCUCAGAGCCCCUCCCCAGCACCUGACGACCAGGAGGAGGGCCGGCAGGGUCAGACGGAGAAGUUCCAGUUUGAACUCACUUUAGAGGAGGAUGGCGAGUCAGACACUGAAAAGGACAGUGGAAGUCAAGUAGAAGAAGACACUAGCUGCAGUGACUCCAAGACCCUCUGCACUCAAGACUCGGAGUCCACCGAAAUCCCGCUUGACGAGCAGGUUGAAGAGGAAGCAGUAGGGGAAGAGGAGGGAAGCCAGCCCGAAGCCUCUGUAAUAGACGAUCGUUCUCCUGACACGUAACAGUGCAAAAGACUUUCACGCCUUUUUUUCUUUUUAGUAGAAAAAAUGUUUCCAAAGUGCAUGUCACAUGCCACAACCAUGGUCACACCUCACUGUCAUCUGCCAGGACGUUUGUUGAACAAAACUGACCUUGACUACUCAGUCUGGCGCUCAGGAAUAUUGUAACCAGUUUUUUCACCUCCAUGUCAUCAGAGCGAGGGGGACAUCUUCACGAACAGCAUUUCAACAAGAUCUCAGCUUGGAAAUGCUGACAAAGCAGAGAAAAAUCAACUCCAAAAUGUUUCCAAGACAGUGUGGCUCAUCUGACAGCCCAGAAGUUGAUAUGACUUGGGAUUUCUUUUCAUUUGUUUGCAAUAUUUUCAGCGAAAGAAGGCAUUACACAGACGAAGUGAACUAAUGGAUGAAGCAGCACAUGGGUCAGGAACAAGACACAGCGUGAAUCUGUUACCAGGAGGAAGAUGAGCCACAGAAAUCACAUAAUUUUCUAAUUUCAAGUCUUCCUGAUACAUGACUGAAUAGUGUGGUUCAGUGAGCUGCACCGACCUCUACAUUUUGUAUGAUAUGUAAAACGGAUUUUUUGUAGAGCUUACUUUUAUUAUUAAAUGUAUUGAGGUAUUAUAUUUAAAAACUCUGUUCAGAACUUCAUUUGCCACUGGUUAUUUUUUUCUAAGGAGUAACUUGCAAGUUUUCAGUACAAAUCUGUGCUACACUGGAUAAAUCUAAUUUACGAAUUUUACUUGCACCUUAUAGUUCAUAGCAAUUAACUGAUUUGUAGUGAUUCAUUGUUUUAUAUACCAAUGACUUCCAUAUUUUAAAACGAAAACAAAUUUUAUGUUGCAAGAAGCUCUUUUUGUAGGUCUUCGUUUAUGUUGCCUUCUGUUUCACUCUCUUCUGACGGGCAGAGUCGCUCUUCACUGGCGUUUUCCUUCAUGGUGUGCAAAGUGUUCGUUCAGUGAAACUUCAAUGUGCGUUCUUUCUAAUGUGUCUUAAGCCUCACAGACAUUCAAUCAUCAGUUGGUGUCGCCUGAAGCAAAUGAGAGAUAUAUAAAUACCCAGUAGCUACAGUGGUCAGUCUUUUUUAGAUAUUUUCCUACUCAGUGUCUUCGGGUAACUGUUUGCUAUGUCAGUAGACCCUCAUUUCCCAAGUGCAUGUCUUCGUAACAGCCCACAUACGCCCUGCUCAUUUUUAUUGUUUCCACGGUCAGCUGCAGCCAGAAAACCUUUUGCUCCUUGUGCUGCCUUAUUUAUUAUUUAGCGUGUGUUCGAACCUCUGUCCACGUUCAUAGAUAGGGUCUCAUUGACUAAAUCAUUGCCAUUUUGAUGGAUGGGAAAAAAAAACAGGUAGGUUAGAGUUAGCAUUCAUUUUUACUGCGAGGUCACAUGGAAUGACUAGCUUUUACCAGCUUUUGACUUGAUUUACAGAGAAAAGGUAACAGCUAAUUAGGCAGUUUUAAAAAUAUUAGCAGAAUAUAUUCACAAACAGCAGUACAACUAAUGCUCCCUUGUUUCUGUGAUUUUACCGUGGGAUUAAGACUGUACGAGGAGGAUUAUUGAAAAGUGGCUUGAAGUGUAGCAGCCACCCUUCCUUAAUGGACAAGCACGUGACAAGCGGCAACUGCUCUGUCAGCUGUCGGUGCUCCGUAAGUGUGUCUUGUGGAGGAGAGCCGCCUCAGUCCCACUGAGGGAAAGAAGUCGGUGCUGCCACCAGCGCCAGGCGUUUGGCCAUCUAGUGCCACCCUGGGAUACUGCGUUGGGGAGGAAGAUUCUGCAGAAACAAAAAUCAGAGGGCACUCUUGGCUGAAUUUAGCACCAAGAACUUGAUUACAAUUUUAGAGAUUCAUUCCCAGUAUUUACCUUCAGUUGGCAUCUGGGGGCAUUUAUUCCGCGUGGACUUUCUUCCCAUUUCCGCUCUUAAUAAAGUGUUUGCCUUCUCUGUGAAGAGUUCGGAACCCAAAUCAUUUUUCACAUGGAUAUCCAGGAAUUGACAUAGAACUAAGGUGAGGGGGCGGUAUCUGACUGAGUGGAAAAUAAAUAGUUAAGAAACAGUGUAACCCUGAAAAUCAUUUAUAUUUGGGAUGCUGCAGGAAGCCUCUGGAGACGAGUAGUAAAGAAUCAGCCGGGGAAAUGACCCGAGUGGAGGACAGCUCCUGUUUUAAUCCCCCGAAGAUCCACUGGUGGGGAACUUGCGAAGCUCUGAUCUUUCACUCAGAGCAGAAUAGGAAUCCACUAAUUAAUGAUCAGAUUUCCACCCUCCUCCCCCUGAGAAGAUCAGACAGUAACCUUUCAGAUAAUGUCCUUUGUUUGUCCAGAAACUCAUUUCUGUUUUAGUUUUAUUUAUCCCUGAUGGAGGUCUAGAAGAAAAGGCAAAGAAUCUAGGGUUUAUUCCCUUUUCCAAAAUAUUCUCAUUCCCACCUCUCCCUAAUACUUGGUAUUUCCCCCACAGAGUGCCUAGAAUCUUAAUAAUGAAAAAAAAUUUUGAAACAGCAAUAUGUCACAAACAAAUCCAGACCUGAAAGGGUUUACAACUGCACUAAAAAAGAGAUGCUUUCUUUUUUCAAUUUGUUGGUUUUUAAUGGUCACAUGUGGUGAAGAUACCCACUGAUUGACAAUCAAAUUGCGGAAAAUGCAUCAUAUCCAACAGACAGGGGCGAAUGCACUGUACGAUCAGUUUAUCCUCUCCCUUCUUCCUCCUUUUUCUCUCUCCUUCUCUCUCGACCAAGUGUGCUUCAGAAUUAUACACCGCUUUAAAAGUAACAUCCUUUCACAAGUGGCUUUACGUUUCCUAAAAUGCCAUAAGAAAACGCAAUACCUGGGUACUGUAUGGGGAAAAAAUGUCCAAGUUUGCAUAAAACCAGUACAUUUCAGCUUGCAAGUUACUAAACAUAAUAAUGCUGUUUUAACUUUAUUUUCUUUUACGUCACUUAAAAUUCACAACAAAAUAAUGUAGAUAGAACAAAUUGCAGAUAAGGAAAAAACUUGAAUGAAAUGGAUUUCACAGAAAGCUUUAUGAUAAUUUUUGGAUGCAUUAUUUAUUUUUUGUGCCAUGCAUUUUUUUUCUCACCAAAUGACCUUACCUGUAAUACAGUCUUGUUUGUCUGUUUACAACCAUGUAUUUAUUGUAAUGUACAUACUGUAAUGUUAAUUGUAAAUUAUCAGUUCUUAUUAAAACAUCAUCCCACGAUGGGAUGGUGUUGAUAUAUUUGGAAACUCUUGGUGAGAGAAUGAAUGGUGUGUAUACAUACUCCUUGUACAUUUUCUUUUCUCCUGUAAUAUAGUCUUGUCACCUUAGAGCUUGUUUAUGGAAAAUUCAAGAAAAACUAUAAAAUACAUAAAGAUAUAUAAAUUUAAAAACAUAGCUGCAGGUCUUUGGUCCCAGGGCUGUGCCUUAACUUUAACCAAUAUUUUCUUCUGUUUUGCUGCAUUUGAAAGUAAGGUUACGGUGAGGCUAGGGCUGGGCAUUUCACAUCCAAGCUUUGAAUCCGUUGGGUUUCUGGCAGUGGCUGGAUUUUACAAAACCACAGGCAACCUCCGGAAGAUUCGGAGACCCUUUUGAGACACAAGCUUAAGGACUCCUUGCCACGAAGGCGGCGUGUGGGAUGGAUGUUUUCCCCAUCUGUUGAUCUUGAGUUUGUUACAUUUGUUUGUUUUCUACUCCCAAACACUACUGGGAAAAUAACAUUCUUGUUCAGUAAUUAUAAAAAGUAUUUUUGGCACCUAGAGCACAUAGGCAAGUGAACUUAAUCUGAAACUAGAGCCAAGGGUCUUACCUGCUGGUUAAUCAUUCAUUCAUCACUUCCUAUCAUAUUAAGAAAAGAUAUAACAUGAAAAAUGUCAUUUUUAACCCUGGAAUUUUUCUUCACUAAGAUCAACCAAAUUUUUUGUAUGUAAGUCCGUACGAUAAACAUUUUAUACGAUGCUAAUUGACAUAGCAUAAAGGAUUUGCCAUUCUCUAGAAUUUGCUUCUGCAAAACUUAUAUUGCUUUAGAAUUUUAAAAUUAGCCUUUCACAAUGGCCAGCUCCAAAAAGCUAUGAAAAAUUCAUAGUGGAUGAUGAGGAAACUUUUUUUCCACUGCUGCCCAGCCCUCAGAAAACAUGGCUUAGUGAAAGGAGAAAUUCUUUUUUUAGGAACAAUGAGCCUUCUAUUAUUUUGUUUUAUUUUUUGACACAAACUGUAGAUUUUAGCAGCCCUGGCCCAAAGGAAUUUGAUUACUUUUGU